AUGUCAACACCACCAAACGAGAAGAUUUCGGAGGCAAAUGCCGCCAACGUGAAUGAAGGUGGCCAUGUCGAGGUCGCAGAGGUUGCCACAGCCGAUGUGCACGACCCCCUCAAUUGGCCGGCUCUUCAGAAGCUGCUUCUUCUCAACGCUCUCGGCCUUUGGAUCUUUCUCGGUACAGCGAAUGCGCUCAUCAAUGGAUCCGCCUUGUACAGCAUUUCCGCCGAAUUCUCCGUGCCCAUUGCCGACACGACAUACCUCAUCGGAGCAGUCGCUUUGAUGUACGGUACCGGAUCGAUUGUCUGGGUAGCGAUUGGAAACCGCUAUGGUGUUCGCCUCACUUUUGUGCUGACCGCCACGGCGGCCGCGUGUAUGGCGUUCUGGGGGGCCAAGGCCACGAGUUUCGGAUCUCUGAUAGGGGCGCGAAUCUUGUCGUCAUUCUUCUAUUCGUCGCCAGAGACUCUUGGUCCUCAAGUGGCCGGCGAUGUUUUCUUCUUGAAAGACAGGGCGAAAGUGGUCACCUUCAUCGUGGUCUGGCAAGGGUCUGGAUUCGCGCUGGGUCCGCUGAUUGGUGCCUACAUUUUUGAAGCUGCAGGCUGGCGUUGGACUCAAUACUUCAUGGGCAUUGCAACGCUCACCAGCACAUGUAUCCUGUUUCUGUUCUACCCCGAGACUCAGUACACGAGGGAUCAUCCAUCUAGCACUGAGAAGCGAAGACUGCUCGACAACUUGCGUUUUUGGAGCGUUAGUGGAGGAGGCCGGCCAAAAGUUCACAGCUUUUGGUCCGCUUUUCUGUAUCCAUUUCCGUACAUUCUCCAUCCGGUUGUUUUCAUUCCCACAAUCUGGGCAGCUCUCGGACUGAUGAGUUCACAAUUCCUCUUGACUGUCGCAACAUUUUCUUACCAGCAGGUAUACUCCUUCGAUGUCAAGGAGUCUGGGCUUGCCAAUCUCUCACCAUUCAUCGGUGUCUUGACCGCCAUCUUCCUUUGUGGGUAUCUAUCGGAUGUCUAUGAGAUGAGGACCGUGCGUCUCGCUGCAGAGUCCGGACGUGAUGUGAUUCCCGAGAAGCGUCUUAUCCUCACAAUACUGCCGGCAGUCUUGGGGAUCGUGGGGACAGCGCUUUUUGGUGCCUGCAAUGCUCAUCAUUGCCACUGGUUAGGGCCCAUGGCAGGUGCCUUCGGCUCAUUUUUCAGCUUCAUUGGAUGUCUGAGUAUACUAUUCACCUACUUUCUGGACGUCUAUGAGGCACGGACGGAUGCGGUCCUCGUGGUUCUGAACGGUGUCAAGAAUUUUGCGGCUUUCGGGAUCUCAUACGCCGUCUUCCCCUGGGUGUUGUCAGCCGGAUAUGUCACGCCUUUCGUAGUUUUGUCCAUGGUUGUCCUCUUCUCCUAUCUGCUGCUUGCCUUGUUGUAUUUCACAGGACCCAGGAUGCGACGCUGGACGGCAGCGAGGUUCGAGACAGGCAAGGCAUCGAAGCACGGGGACACUUUCUGA